AUGGUCAGUAUAAAUAAUAUGACUGAACUGAUCAUCACUGGCCUUUUCCAGGAUCCAGAGGUGCAGAAGGUGUGCUUUGUGCUGUUCCUUCCUGUGUAUGUGGCCACAGUGCUGGGCAAUGGCCUCAUUGUUGUGACAGUCAGCAUCAGUAAGAGUCUGCAUUCUCCCAUGUACUUCUUCCUCAGCUCCUUGUCCCUGGUGGAGAUCUGCUACUCCUCUACUGUUGUCCCUAAGUUCCUCACUGAUUUACUUGCUAAAAUUAAAAGCAUCUCUCUGAAGGGCUGUCUGGCUCAGAUAUUCUUCUUCCAUUUAUUGGGGGUUGCUGAGAUUCUUCUGCUUGUAGUGAUGGCCUAUGACCGCUAUGUGGCCAUCUGCAAACCUCUUCAUUACAUGAACAUCAUGAGUCAUCAAGUGUGUCACAUGCUGGUGGCUGGCUCUUGGCUGGGGGGCCUCAUUCACUCCAUAAUCCAGAUCCUCAUCACCAUUCCAUUGCCCUUUUGUGGUCCCAAUGUGAUUGACCACUACUUCUGUGACCUCCAGCCAUUAUUUAAGCUUGCCUGCACUGACACCUUUAUGGAGGGGGUUGUUGUGAUGGCCAACAGUGGUUUAAUCUCUAUAAUCUCUCUCCUCAUUUUGGUGACCUCUUAUGUCAUCAUCCUAGUCAACUUGAGGAACCAUUCAGCAGAGGGGAGACGCAAGGCCCUCUCCACCUGUGCUUCUCACAUUACAGUGGUCAUCUUGUUUUUUGGGCCUGCUACCUUCCUUUAUAUGAGACCCUCCUCUACAUUUACUGAAGACAAACUUGUGGCUGUGUUCUACACAGUUAUCACUCCCAUGCUGAACCCCAUCAUCUAUACACUUAGAAAUGCAGAGGUGAAAAAUGCCAUGAAGAAGUUGUGGUGCAAAAAGAACUCAGAGACAGAGUGA